UCUCUGUGUUCCAAACUUUGAAUUGACUAACGUUUCUUUCUCUGCAGUGUUUUAUUUGAUUAGUCUCUUUGUCUUGUUUCGUUUAAUCUCUCUGUGUUUGUUGACUCACACGCAAGAUGUUUGUGGUCUUAAGUGAUCAGGAUCAGGACAGCAACUAGCAAGUGGUGGUAACGAAAAUGUAGUACAUGUAUGGGAUCGUUCUGUGGCCUCGUCAAACUCAACUAGACAAUGGCUGCAUAGGUUUGAGGAACACACAUCUGCUGUGAAAGCUCUUGCGUGGUGCCCUUUCCAGUCGAGUUUGCUUGCAACUGGUGGUGGUGUCGGAGAUAUGAGUAUUAAGUUCUGGAAUACACACACUGGUGCUUGUUUGAAUUCAGUAGACACCGGCUCCCAAGUUUGUUCUUUGAUAUGGAGUCAAAAUGAAAGAGAGUUGCUUAGCUCACAUGGGUUUACACAGAACCAGCUUACACUUUGGAAGUACCCAUCCAUGGUGAAAAUGGCUGAACUCACUGGUCAUACGUCACGAGUUCUGCAUAUGGCACAGAGUCCGGAUGGUUGUACAGUGGCUUCAGCAGCAGCAGACGAGACUCUUAUGCUUUGGAAUGUUUUUGGAGUACCAGGGACCGUCAAGAAAGCUGUUCCAAAGGUCAUGGCUCGGGUAAGAGGAUACCGUCACCACCGUACUGCAAAACACCGGACUUGUUUAUGGCAAAUGGUUUCUUGCGGAGAAAAAAAAGAACCUGUCAGACCGCCGUGCGACCACCCCGGCAAGGUAGAACCGAGCCGAGUAACGAUCCUCUACAGCACCGGAUGUAUCCGAGGACGAUCGUGGCCAUUAAUCACGCUCUGA